AUGUCUAUCUACACGGACCCACCAGCCUUACGGCCGUUCAGCGACGACAAGCCCAUCCUGCUCGUGAGCUGGUGGCUCACCCUCUUCUGCACCGUCGUCAUCAUUCUCCGUGUGGUUGGGCGCUAUGUGCGCAUGGAAAAGCUGUUUCUCGAGGACAAGAUCGCCGCUCUCGCCCUGAUCCCCAUGUACCUUCGAGUCGCAUGUGUGCAUGUGCUUCUCUUAUACGGCACCAACAACGUCGAGCUCGUGAACAAGGAAGGACUGCACCUGUCUGAGCAGGCGAUAGCCAGGCGUGUAGUUGGAAGCAAGCUUGUUUUGGCUACUCGUUUCUUUUACUUUACUACACUAUGGACUCUCAAAUCCAUCACCCUCCUCUUCUUCAACCGCCUCGUCGGCACCGCCGGUCGAACCAAGUACAACCUCACCCUCCGCUUCCUCCAAAUCACCAUCGGUUGCACCUUCGUCGCCUGCUUCAUCAGCAACCUUUCCGAAUGCUUCCCCGUGACGCACUACUGGCAAGUCACGCCCGACCCGGGCGGCCAAUGCCGCCAGUCCUACGCGCAUCUCCUCGUCGUAGCAGCCAGCAGCGUCCUGACUGAUUUAUUGCUGGUCGUUUUCCCCAUCCCGAUCCUGAUCCAGUCGCGCAUCAAGCUCAAGCGCAAAAUCCUCCUCGUUUCCCUGUUCUGUUUAGGGCUGUGCACCGUCUGCAUCACGCUGUACCGGGUGCCCAACAUCCUGUCGGAAAGGGGAUACCAAGGCACGCGCACCAUGUGGGCCAGCACGGAGAUUCUCGUGGCCACGUUUGUCAACAACGCGAUUGCGCUGGGCACGUUUGUACGCGACACGGGCCCCAAGAAGAAAAAGUUCAAGCCGCAGCAUCAGCAUGAGCUGCAGCAGCAUGGAUAUGGCAAUUUCUCGCGGGCGGAGACUGCGUACAACGCUUAUGGGAGCUCAAGCAGGGAUAGGAAGACUGUUUCUUCGAUGAAGCCUGGUGGGUUUGGAACAACAACAACGGCAACGAUGAAUUCGUUUGCUGAGAGAACAAUGAAUGAUAAGAGGGGGAGUAUAAGCUACCCGCAGUACGGCGUCAGCGCCGAGGCAGGGAGCGAUAACAAGGCGGGUAUCGUCAUCAGGACAGAUACUACUGCUGGGAGUGGUAGUAUUGCCAGCAGCGGCCACAGCAACGACGAUGAACAUGUUCAUGGUGGAGACCUGUCGUUGUCGUUGGAAGCCCGCGAUAGCGUGGCGUCGAGCACCCUACCGCCACCACAUGAAAAUAAACCGCGAGAACGGGAUUCCCAGGAAUCCCUGAUCCCCAAGCCUGGUAGUGGCGGCGGCGGCGGCAGCACAGAAUAUGGUGGUGGUGGUGGUCAUAUCGGGCAGGCCAUGUCGUACUUUGGCACGGUCAUGAAGACGACGGAAAUCAGCGUCACGGUCACGCAGGCCAACGAGGCGGAUCUCAGGGCGCAGCAUGAUGGGGGGAGAGUCCCGCAGAGUCCGCUUUACGAGAAUCAUCAUCAUCAUCAUCAUGAGCAGAUCAGGGAGGCGCCGAGGGUGAUGACGGCGGGGGAGAGGGGUGUGGCGAGGGGGACGACCAAGUUGUUGAAGUCGUUGCCGGGCAAGGAGCACGAGGAGGGGGAAGAGGUUUGACGAUGAAGUUGGAACUAGGUAUCUAUGGUGCUGGAUGAGGUAUAUGGGACAUGACGAUGAUGAAGAUGAUGUUUGGAGAUUUAAUUGGAUACCUAUUUUCCUUUGUCUUUGUUUAUUCUUACUUGGUUACCUACCAUACGGCGGUAGCAUUUACAAAAUACAAGCUGCUUCAAGUGCAUCUCAGGUUCAUGC